GUUAAGGAAAACGAACCGAAAGCCCAUUUCAUGGAGGCCCAUUUAGACCAGUCACAAUUCACAAAGACUUCCCGCUUCUUUUUCUGAAUCUACAGAAAAUUCAUUAAUUUCAGGAGAAAAGCUCAAAAGCCAAACACAGCAAAAGCACACACUCGCCGAGCUGUUUGUUUCUACACACACACCUGGACAUGUAAUUAUAGUUGCAGCAGUAGAGAAAAUGAUGACGACGAAGGUGUUCAACGGAGCAAAUGUAUUCAUGUCGCGAAAUCUGGUCCCACCUGAGCAAUUCGACGCGCUUCACGACGCGCUCAAACUCAACGGUGCUCAAGUCUUCCUCUGUUGCGACCCUUCCCGAAAUGCUCCCACUGAUUACCACCUCAUUUCUUCUCCUCAGCAUGACAAGUUUGGGGAUCUUCAAGCUAAGGGCUGUAACUUGAUAGGUCCACAAUGCGUGCUUUCCUGUGCGAAAGAACAAAGGCCACUACCCAAGCAGGGGUUUACUUGUUGCCUUGCAAUGGAUGGGGUUAAGAUCCUGGCAUCUGGUUUUGAGAUGGAUGAAAAGGUUGAAAUUGGAAAGUUGGUGAUUGCAAUGGGAGGAGUCCUGCAGACAAAAGCAUCAUUGGAUGUGAGCUUUGUUAUUGUGAAGAAUGUUUUGGCUGCAAAGUACAAGUGGGCUUUAAACGUUCUAAAGAAACCAAUUGUCACUAUUAAUUGGCUCCAUCAAUGCUGGAAAGAACACCGUCUUGUUCCUCAGGAUUCCUUCAAAGUCCUUCCUUUUUCUGGGCUGACAAUUUGUGUCACCAGAAUUCCUGGAGAUGAGCGAAAGGAGAUGGAAAAGAUUAUCUUGCAAAAUGGCGGAAAAUACUCUCCUGAGCUGACCAAAAAGUGCUCACAUUUAAUUUGUGAUACUCCAGAAGGUGACAAAUACAAGGUUGCCAAAAGAUGGGGUCUCAUACAUACUGUUACUAAGAAGUGGUUUGACCAAUCUGUUGCAAGAAGAGCAUGUCUUAAUGAGGAGUCGUAUCCUGUUCAGGCUGGUUCAAAUACUCUGAGCACCGUAAGAAUGACAAAUCAACAUAGCCUGGAAAAGGGCAUGAGAAACCUACAAGGGUUGUCCUCCUUGGCUACGGCAUCAAAUGCAGAACCCGUUUUGUGCAGUCGAGUGGCUGAUUCAGAUCUGCAAGCUACUCUCUCGCAAAAUAUGUCUGCUACAUCUUCAUAUGCUCCAGUGUUUACAAAGGAGGAGAAUUCACCUGCUGAGAACCCGAAGAGUGAUUACAGUGCUCCUGUCUCUACAAAGGACGAGGACAGUGGAGCACCUACAGAGCAGGAAAUGAAUGGUUGUGAUGGUGGUGUUGCUGAUGACUCUCAGACAGAUGACAAUGAUCUUUAUCUUGCAGAUUGCAGGAUCCUAAUUGUUGGUUUUAAUGCAUCUGAAAUGCGAAAACUUGUCAACCUAGUCCGAAAAGGUGGUGGUUCUCGUUACAUGUCUUUCGGUGAAAAGUUGACACACAUAAUAGCUGGAAAUCCAUCAGAGAAUGAAAUCAAAGAAUUAAGAAACCUUGCGGCUUUGGGUGUCAUUCAUGUGGUAAAGUCAGGAUGGCUGGAGGACUGUGAUCGCGAGAAUAAAGAAGUUCCUGUUCUAAGGAAGCAUAUUGCUUAUGAUUUACUUCUUCCGAAAGAUCCUAUUCACUCUAGUACCAGAGCUGCAAUCAGCACGAGUAUGAAGAGACAAGAAAAAUCCUAUGUGCAUACUAUGUCUUCGGAUGAACAUGCAUGGAGAAGCACGGAUUCUGGAUGUGCGAUGCCAUCAAACAAAAGCAAAGAACUAGAAAAUAUGAAUGAUUUUAGAACUUCUUUGGGAGAGAACAGGGUUCAACAUCAGCCCUAUGCUUCUAAUGGCAAAGAUGAGUUCAAGAUACUGAAUGAAUCCAGUUGUGCUGUUAAUGGUAGAAGGUCAUCUAGUGUGUUCGAGGGAAGGCGAUUUUGCUUUUCAGCUUCAUUUCCUGCUGAUCGGAGAGCUGAAAUUGUUGAGUGGGUUAAUCAAGGGGGAGGAGUGGUGGUGGAAGAUCCGAAUGAAACAAGUGUGCAUUUCACUGUCGAGUGUCAUGGUAUGUUUUGCUCCAAGAAUGAUGGUGUUGCAGCUACUUUUGUAUCAAGUCACUGGAUUAAGUCUUGUCUAGAGGACGGGUGCUUGCUGGAUGUCGGUAGUCACAUCCUCUAUUCUCCACUUCCAUGCCGAGUUCCUUUCCCUGCAUUUCAGAGUUUUCGUUUAUGUGUUUCACAGUAUGAUGAGAAAGAAAGACAGUUGCUGAGAAAUUUGUGUUUUACAAUUGGAGCCAAAUUUGUUGAGAAAUUGACUAAAAGGGUCACACAUUUGUUGUGUAAAUUUAUCAGUGGCCCGAAAUAUGAGGCUGCAUGUAAGUGGGGAAUACAACCAGUCACUUGUGAGUGGAUUUAUGAGUGUAUCAAGCAGAACAAAGUUGUUUCUGCAGAUCCAUUUUAUCCUAAAGAAGUCACUUCUGAAGACCGAGAAGCUGGGGCGUGCACAAUGAGCCAGUUCCCCACACAAGCUUUUAGGACGAUAUCUGGUGAUACAGCUUCCCAGCCUCAAACCCAGCCCCAAGAACUCAUAAAUGUGAGAACUGAAGCUUUUGCUGGUAGUAGUACUGCAAAGGAAGAUAUGAAGUAUUCAAAUAGAUGGAAUAAGAAGGCAAGGCUCUUUGUGGUUGAAGAACCCAAUUGUUCAUAUUCCUGCUUAUCAAGUGAAAAUAAUGCAUUCUGCGGGGCAGAUCCCCCAGAAAAGAACCUGAUAGGAGGUAUUAAAGAAGGUUCUUCCGCAGUUCCUGAUGUUGCUGCUGCUAUAGAGGAUUUAUUGGAGCAAACAAGCAAGAUCCAUGAUCAAAAGUCUCCAUCGAGAAGCGAGUGUGAUAAAGAACUUUUUACAUCUGGUUCCACCGCUCUUGCUCAAGGUGAUGGAGAUCAUCCUGCUACGCUUGGAUUGUCUAACCACUGGACGAACAGGUUUGAGAAAAAGGACGAAAGCCACAGUAAUUCAGGAGAUGCAAAUGCAAAUGUGUACGAUCACUUUAGUGAAACACAAACAGACUCUCAGGUUGUUGGAUAUGCAGAAGAUUUGUCUGGAAGACAAAUGAUUAUUGAUAGAGUACGAACAAGGAGUUCUGGCAUGACUUGACCUGGGAUUUUAGCGUCUUUGGCAGGGUAGAUCACUUUCAAAUCUUGGUUAUUAGUUGAUGGUGUUUCUGAGCUCUGCUUGCCAUAGAAAUACAAUAGAAUCCAACUCAGAAAUGGGUGACUAGUCACUCAAAGCCGAAGCAUUGGUUGUCAAUCUUCUCUAAGCCAAGUUCAAUCACAAAAUAAAAUUAUAAUAGUAAUCAUAAUCUCCACUUAGCCACACCAUGAUGGUUCUCGGCAUCUCCAGCUUAGAAUUCUGCUUCACGAGUGCAUUAAGUGAAACAUUAUUUUCUAAAUGUAUGGGAUUAACGUGCGUGUAUGUACAAAAGCUGCAAUAUGGAAAUGUAAUUAGGCCAAGUAAUGGUUUAAAACUUUUCCUUUUUAAAAUAGUGCUGUCUAUUGGUACUCAUUGUAAUUUGUAAACAACCGUUCACAUGAAAAGCAAGUCAUACCACUCCAUGAACUUGCAAUGACUUUUCUUCUUCAAUAGUUUGUUAAUA